CCCCCGGUCUCCCCCAUGGGUUUCCGGUCCCGCGGGCUGCAGCGCUCCGCCGGGGAUUCGCUCCCCGCACUCUGGUGCCACUUCUGGGGGAGGUGUCCGGACCAGCCGCCGGAGCAUGCGCAUGUCUGGCCUCGCCCUUGCCGCCCGAGCCGCGGAGACCCCGUGUGCCAGCCACACGAGCUCCCAGCUUGGAGCUCCGCCCCGAGGCCCCGGCUCCAGCUCGGAGCUCCGCGUCCGGGCCGCCGUUACCCCGGCCCCAGCUCGGAGCUCCGCCUCCCGGGCCCGGCUCCAGCUCGGAGCUCCGUGUCUAGGCCGCUGCUGGCGCGCUCCCUGCUCCUCACUCGCUGCUUGUGGAAGAUGCCGAGACGGGCGCGGAAAGAGGUGGCGGCGGAGAAAGAGGAACAGGAAGCGGAACCUGUGCCCAAGAAGGCUAAACGUGGUGGGGGGAAGGCUGCUGAUGGAGCUGUGAAGGAUGGCGAAGCUGUUUCUUCUGCCUUUGAGGACACGCCAGACAAGCUGUUGACAGAGAAUGGGAAAAAGAGUGACCUAAAAAUCACCUCAUGGAAUGUCGAUGGGCUUCGUGCCUGGGUGAAAAAGAAAAGCCUGGAGUGGGUGAGUACAGAGACUCCCGACAUCCUCUGUCUCCAGGAGACCAAGUGUGCAGAGAAGCAGCUGCCAGGUGAAGUGAAGGACAUGCCGGACUACCCUUACCAAUACUGGAGUUCAUCCCAGGACAAGGAGGGCUACAGUGGAGUGGGAAUGUUGUGCAAGAUUAAACCACUGAACGUCACCUUCGGAAUCGGAGUUGCUGAACACGAUAAUGAAGGCCGGGUUAUCACUGCCGAGUUUAACAAGUAUUUCCUGGUCACUACAUACGUGCCGAAUUCCGGCCGGGGCCUGGUGCGCCUGGAUUACCGAAAGACCUGGGACGUGGAUUUCCUGGCCUACCUCAAGGGGCUGGAGGGUAAGAAGCCAGUGAUCCUGUGCGGAGACCUGAACGUAGCUCAUCAGGAGAUCGACCUGAAAAACCCCAAAACCAACAAGAAGACGGCCGGCUUCACUGCUGAGGAGAGGCAGGGUUUUGGUAAUCUACUGUCUGAGGGCUUCGUCGACACCUAUCGGCACCUGUACCCCGACACCUGCCACGCCUACACCUUCUGGACCUACCUGGGCAACUGCCGAGCUAAGAACGUGGGCUGGAGGCUCGAUUACUUUGUGCUGUCCAAGGCCCUCCUGCCUCACUUGUGUGACAGUAAAAUCCGCUCCAAAGCCAUGGGCUCUGACCACUGUCCCAUCACCUUGCUCAUGGCUAUGUGAAGCUGAGCCCUCGUGUUCGCUGCCCAAUGCCGUCCAAAGGCAAUCUUGGCUAAGGGAUUCCUCACAACCCCACUUCCAUUGUCCAGCAGAGCGGCUGCUUCCGGCCGCCCUUUGACCUUGCGGGGAGGUGAGCUGAGAGGCUCGCUUGACCUUUAGCUGGUCAACAGACCGCUUCCUGUCUCUGGUCAGGGGGCCUUGAUCCUCUUUGGGUCACAUUGGGUAGUAGAUUGUUCAGGAUACAUUUUAUGGGUGGUUUUGGGGGGGGGUCUGUUAUC